AUGGCACUGGCAACCCAGGAGGGCUUCAACAAAAGCGCUGUUCUCCCCCUAAUACUGGACAAGCUUCUGGCAAUAAACAGCUUCUUUCUCAUAUGGAUCAUCACGGCGUAUAUCCGAUGGAAAGUGUACUCGUACGGCCUAGAGUAG